AUCGAGAGUCUACAACUUCAGCAUCAAACAGCCAGCUCGUUCACCCUCACCAUGUCUUUCAUAUCUCGCAUGCUCGUACUCGUCGGUCUUCUAUCUCUCUUCCAUGCCGCAUACUCGGCGCAUGAAUUCUCGACAUUGUCAACUAGAUUCCACAAGCCUGCGCCCUUACCGCUCGAUAUCAAGCUCGAGACUCUCAUCUCUGUAUUCUUGGCGUGUUUCGGGCUCAUAUUGGGCUCAGAAUCCUUGAAGCCAGUCAGCUGGAGUGCAUGGGCAGGAAAGGUUGAACAAGACGGCGAACCGAAUCCUUUCCAUGGUCUGGAGGAACGCGUGGGAUUCAUGGACAUCAGAGCUCAGCGAAGUGAAUUUUCUAGCUGGGCCCGAUCGCAAGGAUCUGGCUCCAAAAGUUGAAGAGAAAAGAGAAGCUCGUUAUGACCGUUAUACCGGCCUCGAUGACAUCAGCCGACUGAUUUUCAGGAUACCGCACGUGGUGGGAUGCUCUCUCAAUGAGGAUGGGAAGAGCUGAGGACCGCUCGUCGGGAAUGGGAUGCAGCUUGCCGAUACUGUCGAGCUAUAUUCCUGAAUUCGAGUACACACUUUCCGACGAUAUUCCAGCGAGCAACUAGCCGACCAAUUCUGCUUCAGCUCUUCGCCAUGACCACAUCGCCAGAACUGCGAGAUCAGGCGCUCCACGGGUGUUUCCGAGUACACUAUCAAAUUCAAUCACAAGGAUGUCACACAUGGUGUCGAUGCAGGGAACUACGCAAUUAUCAGGAUAUUCAGCAGUCACUCAAGCUUGACGUGGCCGACAGCAGAGAGCGACAGUUUAGAAAGGGAAGCAAAGGCUAGAAAAGCGAGAAAGAUGUGUUGAGUUCUUUAAGCAAUCAAUUCGUUGGUUGAUCAUGCCUCUAUCUAUUACAACUAAUCCACAUAUUUUCUAUCAUAUCGGAGCACUUCCGGACAUGACAAGUUAAA